UUCCUGUCUAACCAGGAGACCAACAACGAGGCGGAGUGCGGACAGAGUUCAAUCUUGAGAUUAUCAAAGCACAAUUUCAGCAGUUUUGACAGAUUUUGGAUGCUCUGGCAACAACUGGGGGUCAGCUUUGAACACUUUGGUGCUUGACACCCACAGGCAUCAGGAUCAUUGAAUUUAAAUGGCACUAAAAGCAUUUAACAACUUCAGUGGAGACAUCUAGUAGUUUCUGAUGAGUCUCUGCACUUCCUGAAAGAGAGACAUGGAUGCUUUUGAGGGAAUUCACAGUGUCCAGAUUUCCUCUUCUCCACCGUCUUCAACAACAGCCAGCCCAGGAUAUGAAAUCCUCAAAGCAGGGAGAUCUGGAAUCGCAGUAUAUUCCUCCUCUGUGUUUUUCGGCACACCUGAUGUCCUGGGACAGCCAGCCGCCAGACACGUGUACAAGUGCAGCAGGGAAACUGAGGAGGAAGGCUGUGCUGUUGGACGGUUAGUAGAUCUGGAUCCAGAGCCAAAGUCCAGAGUGGAGGGAGGAGGCCAGGCUGGGCCCACCUCAGGCAGGGACCAUGGCGACUUCUCUCGGCAUCGUAGCUCCUCGCUGGAGAUCAAAGAAAAAGAAAUCAGAGAAAAGGGUUCAGAGAUCCUCAGGGAACAGCUGGACGCUGCAAAGAGGGAACUGAAACUAAAGGACAAGGAGUGUGAGCGUCUGUCGCAGGUCAGGAAUCAGCUGGAGCAGGAGCUGGAGGAGCUGACUGCCAGUCUGUUUGAGGAAGCUCACAAGAUGGUGCAUGAAGCUAACGUCAAACAAGCAGCCGCGGAGAAACAACUGAAGGAGGCUCAGGGAAAGAUUGAUGUUCUGCAAGCAGAGGUGACGGCGCUCAAGACUCUGGUGUUGACAUCAACACCAUCUUCACCAAACCGCCAGCUGCAUCCACAGCUGCAGCCAUCAGGAACCAGGGGAGCGUACAAACACGUUGGGGGUCACGUGCGCAACAAGAGCGCAAGUGGUGGCUUUCCAUCCUCGCCUGGAAAACCAGAACCCUCCUCAGUUUCCAUUCAGCCUGUGGCCAAAGAGGACCGAGAGCUUGCUGUUCCUGCUCUCCUCUCUCUGAUACUCUGCCUGGUUCCUGGCCAGUCUGUUAGUGUGACCUUUGACCGUUUCUGGCAGGAGCGGGGGGAGGAGCUGGGCACUGACAGCAGACAGAUGGACUCCGUUCUGUAUGCAGAGUUUUUGAUGUGGAAGGAGAAUCCAAGUGUCGAGCGCUCCUCUGCCUUCUUGAGUCGCAUCUACAGAGAAGACAUCGGACCCUGCCUCUCCUUCACAAGAUCUGAGCUGUCGCAGCUGGUGCAGAGUGCAGUGGAAAACAAUUCUUUGACUAUCGAGCCUGUUGCCAUGUCAGCGUUACCGAUGGUUAAAGCCUCAGCUAUUGAGUGUGGCGGCCCGAAUGGCUUUAGGGCAGCAAUAGAGACAAAAUGUGCAUUAAGCGGCAUUUCGCGCCUCUGCCGACAUCGCAUUAAACUUGGCGACAAGGGGAGCUACUAUUACAUCUCUCCUUCCAGCCGAACACGGAUCACGGCAGUUUGCAAUUUUUUUACUUAUAUCCGCUACAUCCAGCAGGGCCUGGUGAGACACGAUGCGGAGCAGAUGUUCUGGGAGGUGAUGCGUCUCCGCAGAGAGAUGACUGUGGCCAAGUUAGGUUUCUACCUCACUGACCAGGGCUAGAAGACCUGACAGUCCUCUGCAACACCCGACAGGACGGCAUGAUGUUGAUUAUUCAAGGUCAGGGUUAAACUGUGGUAACAAACAGGUCUUGGAUCAGUUUUUGUAGCAGGGGUUGUACAGUAUUGGCGCUGCAGCAGAGGUCCAUCAACAAGGGAAGCAGAAAAUGUUUGUGUGUCACUUUUAUGCAAUAAGACAGAGUUGAACCAGCACAGCCAGAAAGAAGUGAAAAUAACAUGAUUUAAAAGAUAUUGUUAUUCCCAGAUAUGUAAAAUAUAUAUUUUCUGUUCUACUGCAGGCCUCUAGUUAUUCUCUCCCAGGUGAGGAGAAUUGUUUGUGUUCUGAACCUCCCCGGUGGAGUACACACAACUUCUCAUGUUAAUACAAAUACUCUAUGUAUUUUGUUCAAGGUGAUUAGUCUGUUGAAAAGAUAAGCACAAUGCAUGAAAGCAGUGUAGAGAGUUUAGUUGGUCUCUUACCUCAAGUAUUACAUCCUUAUUUAACUAUGUAAUGUAAUAGUUCUACUGUGAGAUUGACAGUAUCCAUGUGGUUUCCACAGAACAAUUAUUUGGGUUGUUAUCUUUAUUCUUACAUAAAUAUAAUGCUCACUAGCAUAUCUUAGUUACUCUGUUAUUGGCUCAAACACCACAGACUGUUGUCUCAGCCAUGGCCUUAAUUUUGUUGAUACCUGUUCUAGAUGCCUUGUAUAAACACACAUGAAACAGCUUCAUGUCAGCCUGACCUGUACUUUAUAAUCAGAAAUAUUGUCAUGACACCUCCAAGCUCAAAAUAGUGACAGUUUUACAAUAUAGUCAGAAAAUGAACAAGCUUUAAUACAAGUGAUUGCAAUAUGCACUGUAACUGUAGUUUCACACGUCUGCAAUGAAGAGUGUGCACAUACAGUAAAAGCCAUAAAUGACUUUCCAUGAAUGCAGUAGAGCCAUAUUAUACAAUGUAUAUUGGUUGUACUUCGGAAUAUCGAUUUAUUAUAUGGCCACAUUGACAGAAAACUGUCUGUUGAAGGCAAAAAUGAAGAAUAUUGUCUGAAAGUGCAAUAACUGCUUCUUAUCCCUUCUUUAGGGCUUUGAGGUUCCUAACCUCAGUGUACUGAUCAUUAAAACACUCCAUUAAAGUCGAGGCAUUGUAGCCUCACUACAUCA